AUGAAGCUGACAACCCUCCUCCUCCUGUCCACCUCGGGCCUCGCCCAGGCCCUCCCCGGAAUCCCCCCGUAUGAGAUCCAUACCAUCUUUCCAGCCAAGGGCUCCAACUCGUCCCAGGCCUUCAAAGGCAAAUUACCCCCCAAUGUCAUCAGACCACCCAAAGUCAUCAACUCAUCCUUGGCCACCAACUCGUCCACGGCAAACCUCCUCGCCAGAGAGUGGCCGCUCACGGAGAAGACGCCCAUCCCCUCGGGCCAGAUCUUCUGCCACAAGAAGCCGAACUGGGUUGCCCCCAUGUCCGACUACCACAACGCCAUCAGCCUCCUCUUCGACGCCCCCCAGUUCUUCAUCCCCCAGAACAGCGUCCGCUACGCCCUCUACGGCGACUCCGUCGUCUACAUCUGCAACCCCACCGGCAUCAACACUGGCAGCCUCCUCGAGUUCAUGCAGGCCAUGGACGAGAUCGACGCCCAGUGCGGGCAGGGGAAGCCGGGCAAGCGCGUCCUCAAGGACUGGGGCAAGUACUACGGCCGCACCGUCCGCGGCGGCACCAUCUGCGGGCUCGAGGGCAACCACAAGGACCCCACGGGCCACAGGGUCGGCAUCCCCAACGACCUCGAGGACAAGGUGAAAGCCGGGUGCAAGUCCCACCUCAGCGGGUUCCUGUCCGUCUUCGAUGGCUGGAAGGACAAGCCCGUGUGCUACGACUCGACCGCCCGCAUGGGCAAGCUGAAGAAGCUCCGGGGCCUGUUCCCGUGGUGGAAGCGGGGGACUGACUUUGAUGGGGACUACGAGGUGCCUUAUAUAGAGCCAGAGGAGGAUGAUCAGGAUGAUGGCCAGGAAACCCAGGGUCAGGGGAAAGGCGAGGAAAAUGAACAUGGGGAAAAGGGUCAAGAUUCAAAUGUUGAUAGGAAGGGGCGCAACUAG